AUGGAGAUAACCCGCGGCGAUGUGGUCCGCAUCCUCUUUGCCGCAACCACCACCUACGCAGCCCUCUUCUAUGUCCUGUCGGCCCUGGAUCCACAGGCCUCCAAGAAGAAGACUGACCAUGCAAAGCGCAAAGAAGCAGUGCGUAGGCUGCACGAAACAACAGACAGCGACAAGCUCAAGGAUCUGUCUGAGUACGAACAGAGCAUAGCAAGCGAGGUGGUCUUUGCGAGCGACAUCAAAAUCAACUUUGACGACAUUGGCGGACUGGAUGAUAUCGUGGAUGACUUGAAAGAGAGUGUCAUCUUGCCUCUCACCUACCCGGAACUCUUUGCCUCCUCAUCGGCCCUGCUCGGUGCGCCCAAAGGCGUCUUGCUCUGGGGUCCACCGGGUUGUGGCAAGACAAUGCUGGCCAAGGCAUUGGCGUCUUCAUCAGGAGCGACCUUCAUCAACAUGCAAAUAUCGACCCUGACCGAUAAAUGGUUCGGCGAGUCCAACAAACUCGUCAAUGCGCUCUUCUCCCUUGCACGCAAGCUGCAGCCGAGCAUCAUCUUCAUUGAUGAGAUCGAUGCAUUCCUAAGAGAACGAGAAAAGAACGACCACGAAGCGAUGGCGAUGAUCAAGGCAGAGUUUAUGAGCUUGUGGGACGGCAUGGCGACUGAAUCAGAUACACGCAUUAUCGUGCUUGGCGCGACAAACCGACCAAACGACAUUGAUUCUGCUAUUCUGCGCCGCAUGCCGAAGCGUUUCCAUGUACAACUACCAGACGCAUCACAGAGGAGAAAGAUACUUGAGCUCGUGCUAAGAGAAUCCAAACUUGAAGACGACUUUGCCAUGGACCGCGUUGUCUUGGCCACAGCCGGUAUGUCUGGGUCGGCCAUCAAAGAGCUCUGUCGGGCGGCCUCUAUGCGUCCUGUGCGCGAGUUCAUCCGCAAGAAUGGCGUCUCAGCAGCAGCGAAGGAGAAUGGCCGUACUGCCAUCGACAUUGACCAACUGCGUGCGCAUGGCUUGCAAGGAGUGCGGCCGCUCAAGGUUGAAGACUUUGUGCCGCGCAGCUCGACGGAUUUGGCGUCGCCGAUGCAAUCACCUCUAGACUGA